GGAAGCGCCCGUUGGUAACAGACCUGGUUGUGGUGUAGGGUCUGCGCGGUUCCGUUGAGGGGGGGAUAAGUUGCCGGAACGGCUGGCUUCACCGAGGCCAAGCUGCCAUCAUGAUGGAGGAAGUGCAGAAGCACUCUGUCCACACUCUUGUGUUCAGGUCUUUAAAGAGGACUCACGAUAUGUUUGUGUCUGACAACGCAAAACCUGUAUUAUUAGAUGAAAGGAGCCACAAAGUUAAGAUGGCAGUUAAACUCCGUACAGAGUAUAGUUCUGUGCUACAUAUGCCUGUCUUGAAAGAAUGUGUUCGAGAGAAGGGAUCUCAUGGUGUAUUAGAUUCCUAUGGACACAAGCAAUAUCUCCAAACUCCAGGAGAAGAUAAUGAUUAUUUGAUAACAGGAACACAUCCCUAUCCUCCUGGACCCGGAGUGGCUCUGACUGCAGACACUAAAAUCCAAAGGAUGCCUAGUGAAUCAGCAUCUCAGUCAUUAGCUGUGGCACUGCCUCCUUCUCAAUCCAAAAUAGAAUCAAAUAGAACUGCUGCUGGCGUAGGUGAUAUAUAUAGACAUGCUGGGAUGCCUGAGCGUUCACAGCCUCCAGGUUUGACUAUGGCUCUGAUGGAAGCUGGUGGGAAUAAAAAUUCUGCAUUAAUGGCAAAGAAGGCUCCAACAAUGCCAAAACCACAGUGGCAUCCACCAUGGAAGCUAUACAGAGUUAUCAGUGGACAUUUGGGAUGGGUGAGAUGUAUUGCAGUUGAACCAGGAAAUCAGUGGUUUGUUACUGGCUCUGCUGACCGGACUAUAAAGAUUUGGGAUCUUGCAAGUGGCAAAUUAAAACUGUCUUUAACAGGACAUAUUAGUACAGUUCGAGGUGUAAUAGUCAGUGGAAGAAGUCCUUAUCUUUUCUCAUGUGGGGAAGAUAAACAGGUGAAAUGCUGGGAUCUUGAAUAUAAUAAGGUUAUUAGGCAUUACCAUGGCCACCUAAGUGCUGUGUAUGGUUUGGAUUUGCAUCCAACAAUAGAUGUGCUUGUAACUUGUAGCAGAGAUUCAACAGCCCGUAUCUGGGAUGUAAGAACAAAAGCUGGUGUGCAUACAUUGUCAGGACACACAAAUGCUGUGGCAACAGUGAAGUGCCAAGCAGCAGAGCCACAGAUUAUCACAGGAAGUCAUGACACCACCAUACGUCUCUGGGACAUGGUAGCAGGAAAAACACGGGUCACGUUAACAAAUCACAAGAAAUCGGUUAGAGCAGUUGUCUUGCAUCCACGACAAUACACAUUUGCAUCUGGGUCUCCAGAUAACAUAAAACAGUGGAAAUUCCCUGAUGGAAAUUUCAUCCAAAACCUUUCUGGCCACAGUGCAAUUAUCAAUACGUUGGCUGUGAACUCAGAUGGAGUCCUGGUUUCUGGAGCUGACAAUGGUACAAUGCACCUUUGGGAUUGGAGAACUGGGUACAACUUCCAGAGGGUGCAUGCAGCUGUGCAGCCUGGCUCUUUGGACAGUGAAUCUGGAAUAUUUGCUUGUGCAUUUGACCAAUCUGAAAGCAGACUUCUUACAGCUGAAGCUGAUAAAACUAUAAAAGUCUACAAAGAAGAUGAUUCUGCGACUGAAGAAACUCAUCCUGUUAGCUGGAAACCUGAAAUCAUCAAGAGAAAACGAUUUUAAUAAGACCAAACCUCCAUUGAUGUGCCAUAAUCCUGACUCUUUGUUACAUAGCAGAAACAUUGCUAAAGCCAUUGCUUCAGUUUGCAGUUUUUAUAUUUUGUAUUGCUUUCUUCUAGGAGUUUUAUCUUUUAUCUUAGAAAAAUCAGUUGCAAUUAUUAUACAUGUCUGAAGAAAUCAGAGUACAUUACAUAGCAGUAGCAGACCAUGAAAUGUUUGCAUGUCUUUCUGUGUGGACGGAAGGCAGUGCCCUUUUCUUUCUGCCUUCUUCCUCUGAUGAAGAAGUAAUGUUUGAAAUUUUGAUGAUUUUUUUUUUUUAGAAAAAUACUUAUAGAGUACUCUGUCCUGGGACCCUGAGUGGUAAAAUUGUCAAGGGAAAACAAAAGCCAUUGUAGUAAUGAUUCACGUCCUUAAUACAAUGUGCUGCUUGUCAAGAUGUAAUGCAAUACAUUUCAUUUCCCUAAAAUAGAAGACUUGAACUGCAGUCUCACAUGUUGAACGUGCAUCAUUCUGCUUGAGUCAUGGUUCUAUUUUUGCCUAUCCCAUAUUGGAAUCAUCAUUAAAAUUUUAUUGAAACAGCCUUUAUAAAAAAAUAAUUCGAUGCUUGUCUCUUCCAUUUUUACAUACAUAUUUAUGAAAGCUUAAAAACAAAAGUGAAGGUAAUACAUUGGAAAGGAUAUAGAAUACAUUUCAGAAAUAGCAUACGGUAUGCUUUUUGGCUGAAAUGAAAUACCCUUGUAUAUGGGUGGAUUUUGCUUUAAAUAUGGUGGCAAAGUGUUCCUUAUUUUGGUUUGUGAGUGCAGCCCUUCAACAUUGAAACUUGCUUCUGGGUAGCAUGACCUCCAUAGCGUUUCAGAAAGUUCUGUUAGGAGGGACUGGAAAAGUCAUUGUGCAUCUUUUUCUUUCUGUUUUGGAUUUUGCUUACUACUACAAGAAUUUGUCUAAUAUGGAUUGAAAUCCUUAAUUUUCAUAGUGAAUUGUAACGAAGACAAUUUGGAUAUAAAUGAUAUAAUGUUUUCACUUAAACUUUCUAAAAAAAUGUUUAAAGUAUGUAUUAUAUGUAUGCUUGUAUUCGUUCACAUGUAAUAUUGUCAGUAGCAUGCUUGAUUUGUUACUGUUAUCGAUGUAAUUUCCAUAUAACAGGCUAUUGAGGAUUAAGUUUUGAUAAAAAAUAUGCAAUUGCUGUAGAAAGCUUUUGUUACAAAGAUCAUAUAUGUUACAGGUGUGUGAUAAUACAUUUUAAGUACCUUAAAAAUUGGAAUAGUUUGCACUUUUCCUUAUACCCUGACUCAGGUUGGAGUCAUUGUGAAGCUGUGGUCCAUUUCUUAUAUUACCAAGAUAAUCAAUUAUACUUAAUACCAAGUAGAAGUACCUAGGAAUUUAUGGUGCAAGUCUCUGUUAAAUGAAAUGACUGCAUUGCAUCAAUACUUUUAAACAUCAGCUACAGAUUAUAAACCUAAAUAUGGCAUAUCACAAGUAUAUGAUCUCCUCUUACUAAGAACUAUUUUAUUCCUCAUACUAGAGAAUUCUGAGAGAAAGGAACCAAAUGUUUCACAUGUGCAAUUGCAAUUUGAGAAGAAUCUGUGAUAGAAACUUUAUUUUGGUCCAUAUAUUUGCAGAAGAAUGUUAAAAGCUAUUUUGCUUAUGUUUGAUUCUUUGGGUCACUUCCAAGUGUAUCCACUUAAAAACAAUUGCUUAAUAUGUUGAGUACCUGAUAUUAAUAUUUUAAUUGAAAAAAGUGAUAUUCUGUUUGGAAAGACUUCAUAACAUUUGCUCCUUGGCCAGGGUGCGCUGAGGUUUUAUCAAGUAAAUCAGUAUAUUCUAGUGUUUCAGAAAGUAACCAUUCUUUGCAUGUUUUUUUUAAACUUGUGUCUUGGAACAAUGAGCUGGAGCUAAUCUCAGGAAUGAUGCCCAGAUUGUUAUAUCAGUGGGAGCCUUCAGUGUGGUCUUUAGAGUGUAAUCUUCCAGGGUACAGCUAUUCGGGCCAAAUUCUAAACAAUCUCUUGAGUACUACCUUAUUAUCCAGAAGCCAUACAUAGGAUGGUUAAAUGGGCAGGUAUAUAUAUGCCCUCCCCCCCAAAAAAACCAAACCCAAAGAUAGAGAGCUUCCAAAAGGCUAAUUGAUGGAAGGCUUAGAUACUCCAACCUGCUUGAAUUUUACAUAACAUUUGUUGAAGAGGUUUUAGAAAUCAUUUAGGUGACACUAGUCAAUUGCUAAUAGAUUUUUCCAAGCUAUUGAAACAAUCCAGAGAAAACUAGGAACUGGGUAUAAGCUAUAUAGUGGUUACUUCAGUUGAUAUGAGGACACUCACUUACCUUAAGAAAUAUCAGAACUACUUAAAUGCUGAUUUGUACAAUUGUAGGUGUGAGUAAAAUGGUGAUCAUGGAAAAUAAUGUUAGGACUCAACUGCUUUUUGAUAUCAUUUCUGGAUGAUAAUCAUAAGCACACAAUGGAAAAUAUCUAUUUGAAAACUUCUUCCCAAGA